AUAAAAGUAUAUAAAGAUGAACAGUUCCUUUUUUCGGACAAAAUUCUGUUUAAUAUUCUAAUGCAAUAGAAACAAGUUUUUUAGUGAGUAUGUGUUGAAACAAACAAUAAAACUCUUUUUGCAACUGCUAAUAUGGUGAGGAAUCUUCUAAAGGAAUGGCGACAAUAACAAUUUCAGAAAAACAACGUAUUUUGAAGAAUAGGAAGCGUAAGUUAAAGAGCGCAGCGGCUAAAUUAGACACACAGGAACUUGUUUUCCCACCAGAAACAUUCCAAUCUGUAUAUUUAUCACAACAGUCUAUCACACAACAGUCAUGCUCACCUUAUGACGAAGCUUCAAAAGAAUGGAACGACGCUGUCCUCUUGAGGCAGUCAAUAUUUAGUGACCCGCAGCUUGUUAUAGCGAGUUGUGAUCAAGAUAUUGUUGAUUUAGAUUUCAUUAAAGGAAAAACGUUCGAGAAGAUAGAACCAUCUGACAGUCGUUACAUACACAUAGACACAGAUCCAAGCAAAUUCGGCAGCUCUUUUUUUAGACCAUAUGCAUUAAUAUAUGUUAUUCAAACUGAAAGUAAAGGAGUUAAGUCAUGUUUGAGUCGCCAGGACUUAUCCCUGUUAAAUUCGUCAAGGAAUGUCAGGGCAGCAUCUGAUUCCAUUGUCUAUGUCGUACAGAAUACCCCAGAAAAUCAGAACUACACAGCUGAUGACCUGUUGCUUGUCAGUAAUGAAAUAGAAGAGGUUUUCAAAUUACCUACGAACACCACAUACAAAAACAUUUUCCUAGAGACAGACGCAGAAUUGCUUAUUCGUUUAGGAUUAAUAAUGCAAAACAAUAUCAUGAAGGGCAUGAAAUCUUUAAGAGAUAUUUUAUCAAUUUUGAAUAAACAAAGUACACAUAUUCAAAAACAUCCAACUAAGACCAGAGCUGCAAGACCAACCAUAGAAAUUCAACAAAAUAGAAAGACACAUCACAUGCAUCAUGUACAACAGAACCCUGGCGCAGACUUAAAUACAACUUUACAAAAUCUUCUUGAAGAGGAAAUUUCAAAGAUCUGCAGCAAUGUUCAAUUACAUGCUUGGAAGAUUCUAUCUUUCAGACAUCCAUCAGUACAUGCUUUUGGUUUUGUUAAAGGAGUUGUCCGGGUUUACCUUAAAGAAUCAACUUCAAAAACUGAUGUAGCAAAUUACUUCAAGAAAUUUUUGAACCAAAGUAGUCUCGAUUUUACUAUGCAGGAAUGGCCUAGUAAUUUCAAAAUGAAAAGAUUUGCCUAUGAGCAAGGCAGUCGAGUAGACAAGACAGCAGAGCAUACCGCAGGAAAUAAUGAUAUUAGAUACGGUACCUUGGGAAUGUUUCUUCAAAAUACAGAAAAGGAACUAUUUUUUACUACGUGCGCUCAUGUCAUUGAAGAAGGAGAAUCAGCCUUUUGUCCAAACGAUCAUUCUAUUCUUGGAAAAAGUGUAUUUGCUUGCGAAGGACCAUGGAAAGUAUCAAACCAUUGGCUUGACGUGUCAUUGGUUAAGGUUGACACACCAAAUAUCUCUGAUUGCAAAUUCGGAUUAAAAGGACCGAAAUCUGCCUGUAAUUUUUUUCAAUAUAAAAUAUUUUCAGGAUCUCUAGAUGAUAUUCUUUCAAGACAAGUAUAUAAGUGGGGCGCUCGAACAGAAUACACAGAGGGCAUAUUAGAAAGUUAUAUUGUUUCAGAAAAUGAAUCUGAUCAACCAUUCUUUCUUGGUGUGAAUAUUGGUUCGUCCUGUUUUGCUCUACCGGCCGAUAGCGGAUCAAUAGUAUGUCUGAGUUCUGCCAAACAUGUACCCGAUGAUCCGUCAGCUGUAUUGGUGAUUUUUGGUGGUCAGGAAAUACCAGUUGGUGAUGAAAUGAUCCCAAUGCUUGGUUGCUACAAAUUAGCAGAUGCAAUAGAAGAAAUAAAAUUAAGUGGAUCUUUUGGAGAAGACAUAGGACCUUGCGUAGUUACAGGACAAUCGCUUCAAAUCACUUCUACAUCUAGAUGUAAUCCAAAACACGCGACACAACCUACUGGUAGAAGUAGAUCAACACCUGUCAAAAGGCAAAAAAUGUUACCGCCACGAAAUAAUAUUAAACAGUGAACAUUUUUCGAAAGGAAAACAAAGGGAAACUAGACUUUUAAAUAUGCAAUGCUUUACAUGGCGGUCUUUAUUUUAAAAUCAAUUAAAGAUUUUAACUUUAGAUAGUACAAAUGGUUAAAAGAACAAAAAAUAGAUAACAUUUAUAUAUAAAAUUGUAUCUUCCUGGCAAAUGAGAUAUGCAAUAUAAAAGCAAAGACCCCUCUGUCAGCUGCGCUGGACUGCUAAGGUUUUAUGUAUUCCAUGUGAUUUGAAAUAAAGAUAUUACUGAUGCUAAAAACACAAAAAAAAACAAAUUAAAGAUAAUAUCAUAUAAAAAAUAAUUCAAAUCUGUACAACGAUACAUCGCUGUGAAAUACACGGUGUUUUAUUCAUACUGGACAUUACUAAAUAUUAUUGAAAUCAGUAUAUCAAUUGCUUGCAAAUAUGUAGUAUUAACUAUUUUAAUUAAAAGGUCCUUAAAAAAACCAACAAAUCUUCAGAAGGAAUGCAUACAUCUUGAAGUAAUUUUCUGUUCGCUUAGUUACAUGUUUAUUUUAAUAUUUAUUUUGAAUAAUAAUUGAUCAUUCUCUACUUAA